AUGCCGCCGCCGUCGCCCUUGGCCACCUCCUCCCCCACCAGCGCACCGCCACGCCGCAUUCCCUCCCGCCGCGUCUCGGCCCUCGUCUCGCACUUCGAGGCGGCCGCAUCGCCAGCCGCUCCCGCCUCGGCCGCCUCCACAUCGCCGCCAGCCGUCGUGCGGCCAACGAGCUCGACGAGCAAGGCGAGCAGGACUCGCUCGGAGGACUGCGGCGGGCGAGAAGAGCAGAGCGCGAUGCGGCCGCUCGGCGACCCGAUGAGGCCGGUGGGCCAAAGACGAGACGCGUCGCCGGGAGCGGGCGCGAGCGUCGUCGUCGUCGGCGAUGUCGGAACGAUGGACUGGGCGCCCGUGUCGCCUCCGACCGCCGCCGCCGCCGCCGCCGCGCUCUCGUCUGUCGACUCGCCUUUCGUGAGGGCGAGCCUACCGGCCCUGUCAGCCGGCGGCAAGGCGGUCCCGGCGCCAGUCGUCGUCGUCCCCGCGUCGGUCUCGCCGGCUCGAGACGGUCGGCCGACCCUCACGGUCGCGCGCCAUGCGCUCUCGUUCCCGGUCGUCCCGGCCGCGACGGGUCAGGUAGUCGUCGAUGGGCGUUCUGCGCACGGCGGCGCAGCGGGAGCAGCUCAAGUUGGCCCUCGCCGCGACUCGUCCUCCUCGUCAUCUGGCAACGCCGAGCCGCCCUCGCCCUCCUCGCCCUCCUCGCCCACCUCCGACGCACCACCACUUCGCUACAAGAGCGUCUCUACUCGGCCGACCCUCGAGCCACGUCGCUCGUCCGUCACCUGGGCAGAGCUCAUCCAGCCCGAGCGCGACUCGAUCGACCUCGGCGACGACUCGGCGUCCAUCCUGUCUUCCCUCUCGGCCGCACCCCUCAUCCCGCAUUCAGCGCCGCCGGCCCGACCGCCCCACCCUCGAGCUGCGCCAAAGCCGCGCUCUGUCGACGCGCCGCCGACCGCCUCAUCCUCCCGCUUCACCAUCACCUCGACCAGCACCGCCUCGACACGCCGCGUGUACGCCUACGAGCUUUUCGCUCGCGGCGCCGAGACGCUCGUCCUGCCCGAGCUCGACGCCGUCAUCGAGUCGCUCGGCGGCGCGGCGCACUUCUCCUCCAUGCCCGGUCCGAGCGGCGGGCGCCGACGGCGCGAGGAGGUGAGCGGCAAGGGCGAGGCAUGGGAGCUCGAGACGCUCGAGCAGAGCGAGGGAGGCAGGGCGGAAAAGGUGUUCGGGAGCGAGCUCGAGCGCGAGGGGUGGGACAAGUGGGUGCGGGGCGAGCAGCCGAGCAGGUGGCGCCGCCUCGUCGCGUCCGCGGAGCAUGCCCUGUUGGCGCUCUUGACGCGUCGCCGCCUCGACGGGCAAGACGAGCCCGACACGCACGCCGUCGCCGCUCGAGCCGCCGGCAUGUCGCGCGACCAGUACAUUCGGUCGCUCAAGUUCCCGCCCUUUCACCUCCUCCCGCCCAAGCUCACCGUCACCGACCUCAAGGCCAACCGGCGCGCACCGCCGCCGCUCAUCGGCGUCCAGGGCCUGCUCGGCGCGGCGAGCAACGGCCUCCUCGGCGCGGCGAGUAGCUCGAUGGGCCUCAAGUUGACCUCGGUCGAGGGUCUGCGGGACCUCAUGCAGAUGGUCACCCUUCUCGUCACGGCCGGCUCGCCCUCAAUACUCACCCACACGUCGACAUCUACCGGUAACGAGACCCUGCGCACCCUGUUCGUCAAGAUCCCGUCGGUCCUGUCGCUCGAGUUCGUCAGCGCUUUCGGCCAGCCGUUCGCCCUCCUCCUCGCCUUCACCCUCGUCACCCUGUUCGCCCUGUACGAGUUCUAUCGUCUCUCCGGCGGCUGGCACGGCCCGGCGGGCAAGCUCGGCCGCGGCGAGCUCGACCUCGGCGAGGGGUACGAGCGCGAGGACCUCGAGGAGCGCCGGCGCAAGUGGCGCGACUCGUACACGUGGCGCGUCGCCGUCACCUUCUGGUGCAGCAGCCUGUUCCUGCCGCUGUCCAAGCUCGCGAUCGGCGCCGUCACCUGGACCGACGACUUCUGGGUCGUCGAGAACCCGUACGACGCGCUCGGCGUCGACGGCCCUGCACCUGCGCCACUCGGACCCGCCGACAUGUACUACGCGCCGAUGGACUUCUGCUGGCGCACGACGAUGCGCCGUCGAGACGGCGCGCGCAACAUCAACGCGGCGUACGCGCUCGUGCCCCUCGCCGUCGUCGUCCUCGUGCUCCUCGCCCUGUGGUUCCCGUGGCGCAUGUGGCAGCUCGUCCGGCGCGAGGCGCCCUUCUUGUACCGCGAUUAUCGCCGCAAGUGGGCUGCAUUUCGGUCGAUCUACCUCAUCUUCAAGCUCGUCAACGUCAUACUCGUCGUCCUCAUCCAGAAGAACAACUGUCUGUUCCGCGAGUACGGCGAGACCUACCUGUCGGUCGUGCGGCAGGGCUGCGUGCUCGGCUUGGUCGCACUCUUCUGCAUCGCAUCCGCCAUCUCGUCGCCUUACCUCACCCGCAUCUCGAACUCGUCCGACAUCGUCAGCCGUAUCGGCUAUGUCUUCCUGGCGCUCCUCGGCCUCCUCUCGGCGCUCUCGGCGCCGGGCACGGACCCUGCCGUGAUCGCGGUGAACGUCGUCGUCUACAGCCUCAACAUCUACUUCACCCUCAUCGGGCUCGGCCUGUCGCAGCGUCUCGUCAAGAAGGCUCGCCGCCGACUCGACUCGUCCAUCGACCUCUUCUCGCCGUCGCUCGACGUCAGCAAACACAUCGUGCGUCGAGUUUGGCAAGAAUCGGUCGCAGCGCUCCUCUUGUGCUCGCCCGAGUUCGCCAUGCCGUCGUCGUCGAGACUCGACUUCUCGCAGGACCCACAGUUGCCGCCGUACCUGUUGCACUUUGGCGGCUCGGUCGCCGAGCGCUUGAUCGAGAACCUCAAGAUUCUUCGCGAGAUCGGCUUAGACGCCUACGCCGACGCCGAGUCGUGCCCGAGUGCCAAGAUCAUCCGCCUGCGCCGUCAACUCGAGCUCCAUCAAGCGGGUCCAGACGUCUACUUCCGGCCCGAGGACUCGCCUCUACCUGUCUCGAGCUAUUUUGGCCGCCUCGACAUUGUCCCGUUCCCCUUCGUCGCCGUCUUUCGGUACGACCAAGAGCCGACUCGCCCCCUGCACCUCGUUCAGCUCGAGGACCUCGAGCUCCUCAUCGAGCAGAACGGCCGACCUGACGUCGUCGCGGCGCGCCGAGUGCGUCUCGCCUUGCGAGCUCUCGAGAACCAGAUCGUGUUCGCGCCGCACGUUGUCGUCACGCGCGUCGGCGCAACCGGCCACACCGUCGUCGAGCGGCACGUCUCGUUCCGCAUGGCCGCCGUCCGCCUCAAGCGCAACUCGACGUUCGCCUGGCGAGGCUACCAGUUCGCGAGCGGGUUCGAGGUCUCGCUCGAGUACGCCGACGGCGAGGGCAGCAGCGGCGACGGGCGUUCGGUCCAAGGACAGCGUCUGGUCCUCACCGGUCCUCAAGCCGGCGUGUCCGACGACUUCCAGCUCACGCACGAGCUCGCGUUGCUCCUGCGACGCAAUCGCGUUCUCGUCGAGCAGCGCCUUCCCGUCGUUGAGCGCUCCCUCAUCGACCAUCGCGACUACUUUCGCCGCGAGGCGGACCUCAAGCGGCGCACCCUGUCGUACUCGUUCCUCCUCAAGGUCUUCGCCGACGACCGCCUAUCCUUAGACGAGCUCGACGCCGUCCUGCGCUCGAGCGAGCAGAACCCGUCGGUGCAGCAGCUCGCCCGCUCGCACAAGGCGUCGACGACGAGACUCGAGCAGCGCAUGCGCGCCGUCUCGGACGACAAGGUCCGGGCCUGGUGGUACCUCGUGUGGGACGACCUGUGGAGGAGGAACCACGACAUCGGCUUGCCCGACGAGGCGUUCUGCCCGCACUACUCGUCGUCAGUCUGCUAUCGGCCGCUCGCGCGCGCACAGCUCGAAAAGUUCCUGGGCGUUCACGGCCUCGCGGGCUUCUUCCACUCUGGCUUUCUCAACAAACUCUACUUCCACCUCGAGGAGCAGGUCUUCUCGUCGACCUCGCGCGCCAUCCCCAUCCACCUCUCCUCCUCGCCCAACCGCAUUCCCUUCGACGACCUCGCUCACUCCGUCCCUCACCACCACUCUUCAAUGCCGACCGACCGCCGUGACGCCUCGACAGGCUCGGCGCUCACUGCCUCAACGGGCUACACCGGCGGCGGCACCUCGGAGGACGACCCGUCUGUCCGUCACCGCGCCGCGUUCCUGUUCGAGGAGGCGUACGAGCAGCCGUCACCGCGCUUCCGAGCGGGCUCGAGGGCCAAGUGGGCGAGGUUUCAGGUCGAGGUCCGUGCGGCAGGCUGGGCGAUGAGAUUCUUUGGGCUCGAGCCGGUCGUGCGGGACUGGCGGCCGAGCGAGGACGAGGGCAUCGUGCUCAACUUGCGGCGGGGCAGAAGAGGGUGGGAGGUGCCGAGGGCGAGCAAGGGCGUUGUAACCGAGGCAGUGUGAAACUCGAAGAGCAGAUCUCCUCUC